AUCAAAAUGUCUACGGAAGAAGAGUGCAUUUUAUUGCUCCUUUUACACCGGCAACGACAACGCAGGAAGCGCAGAGAUAGGCGGUGGUAUGUGCGCCCUUUGAAUACCACACGAGAUCGGGAUGGGGAAUUUGUUUCUCUGGUGCUUCCAAUGCGAAGCCUGGACGAGGAGAGGCAUUUCCAAUAUUUCCGUAUGUCGGCGCCAAAGUUCGAUGAUCUCCUUUCGCGAGUCAUCCGUUACCUUCCCGACUCACACCAAAACCACCGGAACCCGAUCGGGGCUACCCAAAGGCUUGCGGUUACCUUGAGGUACCUGGCAACCGGCAUCGGCCUGCAAGCUCUUUCGGCGAGCUACAAGAUGGGCACCAGCACUGUGUCGGGCAUCGUGGAGGAGAUGUGUUCUGCCAUCUGGGACGCCCUUCAGGGGGAGUUCGUGGCCUUUCCUUCCCGCGGUCAGUGGCAGGACAUAGCGGAGGAAUUUUGGAGGCAGUGGCAGUUUCCCCUGUGUGUCGGGGCGAUUGACGGGAAGCAUGUCAGACUCAGAGCUCCAGCACGAUCGGGAAGUGACUACUACAACUACAAAGGUUUUUUUUCAAUUGCCCUUAUGGCUGCUGCUGAUGCCAACUACAGAUUCAUUUAUGUAGAUGUUGGCGCAUACGGGCGUGAGAGCGAUGGAGGUGUCUUGGGUCGCAGUGCCUUCGGAUCCAGACUGGCAGAGGGCAACCUCAAUCUACCCGCCCCUGCUGUCCUACCAGGCACCACAACGCCCAGUCCUUAUUUUUUUCUGGGGGAUGAGGCCUUUCCCCUACAGGUGAACCUGAUGCGUCCCUAUCCAGGUACUAACCUGCAGGAUAGGAAGCGCAUCUACAACUACCGACAGGCCAGGGCGAGACGCGUAGUGGAGAAUGCCUUUGGCAUAUUGGCUGCGCGCUUCAGAAUCUUUGGCCGUCCAAUUGACUGCCAACCUGAAAAGGCGGUGAAGAUUGUGAAGGCGUGCGUGGCUCUCCACAACUUCCUGGCAUCCACCGAACGAGCCAGAUACAUGCCCGCCUCCUUUGUGGAUACGACCGCUGACACCGGAGAGGUCCAGCCUGGAGAGUGGAGGCAGCAUGUCGAGGGGGACCGGAAUAGGCUCCUCGUGGUGGUGGUUGUGGUGGUGCCGGUGUUGGUGGUGGUGUACGUUGGCUCCUAG